AUGCGAGCCUCACAUCUCACUGUCGUCUUUGUGACGGUAGUCGGUCUGCCAUUCUUUGCUACAGGCGUGACAGCUUCCGCCAAUGCCGAUGACCUCAAGCAGCGGGACAAAGUCGAGUCCCACACCACUGCCCUCAAAGUUGAACAUCACGCGAGGAGCCCUCAAGAUCCCGAUGCAUUCACCAGCUACGACUAUGGAUACACCUAUCCGCCGCCUCCCUCUCCCACCUCUUACGGUGACCAGCCGCCGUCGACCGUGAUAUCCUCUGCUAAUAGUGCUCAUGUAUCUUCAACUGAAGUCGGCUCGGUCGCCAGCGACUCCAGCACAUAUGGCGUCUCUGACUCUGUUACUCUGAGCUUAACUGUCUCUGCUGGAGCUACCACCACUCUGUCCAAUGCCGUCACGUACCCCCCUAGUUCUGAUAGUACUUCAAGUACUGCAUCUUCAAAGGUGGCUAGCACCAUUGUGACAUUGAAUUCAUCCAGCUCCAUCGCUUCAAGUGUAUCAUCAUCACUUUUAACAGAGUCGACUCUUUGGCCGCCAGCCAACACUUCGACCAGAACCGCAACGUCAUCCAUUUUUGCAACGUCACUGAGCGCCAACCAGACAGCUUCUUCGGAGACCAUAUCUGGCACCUUUGCCUCCGCGUCCGAAGUCAAUAACGGCACGGCCGUAUCCUCGACUGGUUCAGCAUCGGCCACUUCCACGCCCACGCCGCCAUUCUCUGCAUUCAAUUCAUCAUCCAAGAUACAGACUGGCACCGGUGGUCCAGUUUCAGCCUCUUUCAACACAUCCACGUCGAUAACAUCUCUCUUCGUCUCUUCGGAACAAGCUUCUACGUUGACCCAACCUGUGGAAAGUCCGUGGCCUACGCUGUGGAAUUCAACUGGUUUCCCCACCUCGGUGACCAGCUCCCAAACUUACUCACCCAACUCGUCCUCGUUGAGAACUUCUUCCGUUGACUUCUCGGUGUCCGUAAGUUCCUUCAUAGUAGUCCCUUCUGUCGUCACUCUCAGCGCCAACGGAACCGUUCGGUUGACAACUCUCUCGCAUACUCUACAGGCCACUGUCGGAUGGAAUAGCACACAAUCAGGUGCUCCGGUCACAGGCAUUCAGACCACACUUGGUACGGGCAUCUCUACCAGCGUCUUAAUAAGCUCUCGAGUCUCGGGAGCUCUACCAGUCAACUCCUCGACGGUCGAUGGCCAUGUAAACCGAACCAUUUCAAGUAGCCCGACCGGAAACUGGACCUCACACCCCGUCGUUACAGUGAUUCUGCCUACUUCAACUCUCGUCAUCUCGGGAACAGGAUCCAUCGUCCGAACAAGCAUUGCUGUCACUGCCGCGCCUUGGUUUCCGGCAAACUCGACAAUAUGGCCAAGCGGUACGCUUGCCUCUAUUAGUGAAGAAAGUCCACCGCCUGCGCCAUCUGGCACGGGUACAUUUCCUUCGGCUGCCAAUAGCUCCAGGGCAACAGGGCCAUAUCCCGCGUCGAACACGACUACUCUAACACUGCCGACUGGAAGUGCGAGCAGUCGAGUGUCAGGUGCUCGAAUUACGAUCUCCGCGAACGGGACAGGUUUUACUGCUCCAUGGAACUCGAGUACGAUCAUGACUCUGACAAGAGGCUCCACGGCGGGAACAGUAGUCAUCACAUCGAUCGGCAAUGCCACAAGCAUAACAGCUACGCUCGCCACCCCUCCUCAACUACCAAAUUCCACAUGGGCCGCGAGUGCUAACGCCACUUGGAUGGCAACGAGCCAUUCCGGGGAUCCAGCAACCUCCAAUAGGACUUCGAUAGGGGCUUCGGCCACUUUACCUCCAUGGCCAGUGUUCAACUCCACCCAGGCAUCACUCACUGGCACCGUUUCAAUCCCUGCCAUCACCUCGUCGGCAACUAGUAUAUCAAACACUACUGCCUCGGCCUCGGCAUCGUUUCCUUGGAUCAACUCGACAUCUAGCGGGGGCCUCACGGCCUCAGUCAUUACCGUGAGUGGAGGCAGCACAAUCACUUUGUGGCCAACCGGGAUGACUCCCAGCCUGACUUCGUCCUCAAAUGGGACGCUCCUGCAGACGUCUACAGCCAACGCCACAAGCAGUUUGACGUCUUCAGCAGCAUCAGCCCCCUUUCCCACAUUCAAUUUAACCCAGAUCCCCUGGCCCACUGCGAUCAACAGCUCUGGUAUGCCGCCUUCUACGGUGUACUCAGGAACCGUUGCCAUCACUUACACAUCCAUCGGAAGUGAACGACCACCUUUUCCCACAACCAACUCCACCAAGUUAUCCGGGCCUACAGGAAGUGGCACAUGGGCUUCAGGGACGUUAUUUCAAACCUCCGAGCCCUCAGAAACAUCCAAUAGUACUUCGUCUACCGUCAAUUUGCCGCCAUUCCCGACAACAGGAAACGCCACUGCUAUUCCAAGGCCAACUUGGAUCCCUGCCACAGCAUCAGGACUCCCUGUCACUACUCUGACCGCUACCGGAGCAAACGGCAGCACUACGCAGACACUCUCAAUCAUUCCCCUGCCUCCUUUCCCAACCUUCAACGGUACGACAACUCCAGGCGCAACGGGCACCUCGGCCGGCACGGGAUUCAGUGUCACUUGGAGAGGCACAGGUGGUCCAUUCAGUGCUCCGACAGAUCCAAGUUCAACUUGGAGUCAGUGGCCCAACUCAACUGCGUCAAACAUGUUGUCAACCACUAGUAUACCAACAAUGCAAUCCGGCACUGCUCCUUUGCCUACUCCACGAAACACGACAACGGUCACAAAUGCAAAUGGCACGGCCUUCUCAACGGGAUCUCCACCCGUUACUAUUGGUCAUCCCUCCUCGCUACCCCCCUUUAGCAACUCAACCACCAUCUCUGGAGCAAUCUCAACGUCUCAUUUCACCUGGACUAUGUCAGGAUCCGUCUUCUCUUCUGUGUCUAUAUUACCUGUACCUACACUGUCGCCUUUCAACUCAUCUAGUUCUCGAGUUUCUUCCGGCACCGCGCCAUCUUCUGAACCCUCUCUUACCGAGUCGGCGGGCCCAGCUUUGACCAACUCUGCCAGCCUUCCAUCUGGAGCUUCUUCGGCUUGCAACACUGUCACUGUAACAAACGGCACCGUAACUCAGGUCGUCACCACAAGCAUUCUCAUCAAUUCCGCUACGGCGAAGGCUGAUCCAACCGUGGUCUACCCACCAUCAUCUUCAAACAACACAGCGUACACCGCGUACUCAUCCAGAUCUUCCUGCAGUUCCAGAUGGCAGAAUAUCACGAUAGCGUCGACGGCAGGGUUCACAGGUUCGUGCACGUCUUCAGCUAGAACAAAUCACCCAGCCACGACAUUCAUCACAUCAACGACAAGCCGCUUGAGCAAUCCCAGCAGAGCCAGCGGCGCUUUCUCAGAUACCAGCUUCUCCGUAGCCGGCACGCCUACCACAACCAUCUCUAACAUGCCUCUCCCUUCGAGCCCGGCGUACCCCUGGGGAGGACUUGGUCCCAUUUUCCGACACCACAGCGGAACUGAGCCUGUUGACGAUGAUGCAGGGUCUCCCGAUGGGCCAGUGGUCCAGGGGAGAGACGGGGUCUGGUAG